AUGACCGAGGAUCGGGUUGUAAACGACGACGACAAGUUACAAAUGUCGGAUAACGAUCCGUUGAACGGCGCUGCCGUCGAGGAAGAGCAACAGGAACGAGCCGUCUCUGCAAUGGACAAUAGACAAGAAAAACUGAACUGUCUUCACGGUUUUCUCAGCCUUCGCCGGAUGUUCUAUCUUGUUGGUUACUCUGUCGGACGUUAUCCUCAUGCUUAUCUUGUCGUAGCGCUAUUGAUCUCGAUCAACUCAUUAGGAAUGUAUAGGAUGGUUCUCAAAGAUCGGAUUCGUGACGGGUACACACCAACUAACGCACCUUCUAGAUACGAAACUGAUGUACUUCGAGAAUUCUACAACAUUUCUGGUGAUCCUGCAAUGACGAUAAUGAUUUUGAUGCCCAAAAAUGGGACAACAAUGCACGCAAAGGAGAAUUUAGACGAGGCAGAAAAGCUAUCCAAGUUCUUCCUCAAUGAAUUCAAUGGUACUCGUGACGGACGUGUUCUCCGGUUUAGUGAGCUCUGUGAGCCAUAUUGUCAAAUCAACAAGGUCUUUGAGCUUUAUAAGGAGCUUUUCUUAAAGAACGCAUUUGAUGAUCAGUACAAACUAUGGACCAAUGAAAAGUCUGUCUCAAAAAGCACAAAUCUCUCCUAUCCCCUGGCCACCAUGAACGGAUUUGAUAUUCAUCUGGAGCGCAGUUUGUUUGGAGUUGAACUAAAUCCAAAAUCCGAAGAUAACACCACUGAUCUUGCUCUGGAUCUUCCCCCGCAUCGGGUCAUCACGAAUAUGAAACACGUUGAGGUGAUCGUCUUCAUUUUCCGUGGAGACAGAGAUUCGGCAGAGAAGGAAAAAGAUUUGAGUAAAUGGGAGUUGGAUGCUUAUGAGUGGAGUUUGAACGAGUACAAAAGUGAUAUUGUCGACGUGCAGAUUGUGGGAACCGACGUUCUGGAUAACGAAAUGAUGAAAGACGGAAGGCGGUUGACUCCAUUCUUUGCAGCAGGAUUCGGAUUUGAAAUCACAUUCGUUUCUCUUUGUGUCAUUCUCACUGCUGUCUACCACAACUGUCUGGACCAAGGAAAACUUCUAAUCAGUCUUGGCGCCGUAUUGUGCCCUAUUCUCGCCAUCACCUCCACUUAUGGAAUUGUCUCGAUUCUCGGAAUGCGCACCAACUCAUUCAUGCUCGUUAUGCCGUUUUUAGUUAUGGGAAUCGGCGUCGACUCCUGCUUCCUCAUGAUUCACAGCUGGCAAAAAGAGCGACGUGCGCAGGAGAGUGGCACUGGAAACCGACUUGGAAUGGUUUAUGAGUCCGUUGGUCCAUCAAUCACAAUUACCUCGCUUACCGACUUCCUCUCCUUUGCCAUUGGAGCACUCGCCCCAACUCCGGAAACUCGCCUCUUCUGUAUUGCAUCUUCCAUCGCGUUAGCUCUCACAUACAUUUUACAACUGGUACUCUUCGGUCCUAUUCUAGCAGUGGCCACCAAAUACGAGCACAAGACAACGUCCACUAAUAAUAGCAAAUGGAGAGCAUGGCUCAAGGCGUGUUGGAAAAGAUGUAUCAACAUCUACUGCAAAAUUUUGUCCCACAAAUUAUUUGCUGUUGUCGUGAUGAUUGGAACUGGCAUCUAUUGGUACUUUGCUAUCUAUGGACUUAUGACAAUGAAGACACGUCUGGACGCCGUAAAGAUUCUCCCAAAGGAUUCUCCUCUUCAACGGCCGAAUCUGGUGCUCACAAAUCUUGUGUGGGCCAACUACCACCCGGUCACAAUUCUUGUCAAUGCUCCAUUAGAUCUAGAGAAUCGCCAACAGAUGACUCGUUAUUGGAAUAUGGUUGAUGAAUUUGAACGGAUGCACAAUUGCAAAGGAAAGGCAUCAACACUGCUCUGGCUUCGAGAUUAUGUCAAAUUCUUCUACUAUGGAGAGCCUUUUGAUUUGUUUGCAUUCUUGGGACUCUCCACUCCAGAAGUUCACGAGGAAAUUGAUCCAUAUGAAGCCAAAAUUACAACUGCGAAGCUUCCAGAGUUCCUAAAAUCUCCUUUCUUCAAACAUUGGGAUAGUUUCAUCCAUUAUCAUUACGAAGAAUGGAGAAAAAUCGAAACUAUUCAAAUUUCUUUCAGAGGAAAAAUCAAGCUGGAUCGGUUCAUGAUGAAUGUCGCCUACGAUAACACAUCCUCCUGGGACACGCGUAUUCAGUUGAUGACAGAUUGGAGGAAAGUUGCGCAUAACUACUCGGAUUUGAAUGUGACAGUUUGGGAGCCGAAUGGUAUGUUUGUGGAUCAGAUGCUCAGUUUGGGAAGAACUGCUACACAGACUGGAAUCUGGACAUUGGUUUGUAUGGCUGUUGUCUGCGCAAUCUUCAUUCCCAACCCAUGCUCAAUUAUCACUGCUACUGUAUCAAUUGCUUCAAUUACUACUGGAGUAAUGGGAUUCCUAUCCCUAUGGUCCUUCGAUCUCGACCCCGUUGUGAUGGCGGCUGUUUUGAUGUCGAUCGGCCUGUCUGUUGACUUUAUCGCUCACGUCGCGUACCAUUUCCAGGUUAGGAACACUUCCGCAAACAAGACCUUUUCCCUAAUCCCAACUCCAAACUUGUUCAUUGUUAUAAUUAUUACAGUUGGCACAUCGCAAAGAGAUUCGCAACGGAAAAAUCAAAAAGAUCCCAUUGAAAGGAUCCACGGAACGGUUAGAGCACACGCUCGGAGCUGUGGCAUGGCCAAUGAUCCAGGCUGGUGUCUCAACCAUCUGCUGCAUCCUUCCGUUGUUGUUCCGCGCGCCUGGAGCUCGGCUGUCAAAUGUCCGAUCACUUUGAAAAUUUUCGAAAAUAGCUACUCACCAUCUGUUUUCGUCGCCGCCAUCUUCCUGGUCGUCACAUUCGGAAUGCUUCACGGCCUCUUGAUUUUGCCCACUUUCCUGGCGGCUCUUCCCGAAAGUGUGACCACCGCCAAUUGCUAUCGCGUUUUCUUGUCAUCGUCGUCGGAGCGUAGCUGUCGUUAUGUGCCACGCCGUGACAGUACCAAUAGCAUUGAAAUGCAGAAGAUGGAGCGGAAAGAUCCACUUCUCAAUUGA